AUAGUGAUCCCUUUGCCUAUGCAAAAUAUGACAGUCAAGAAAAUUAAACGAAACGUCACUGUCAGUCACGUCAGUCAAUACUUCCAUUGUCAUCGUGAUCUGGCCACGGAAUUAAUACUUAUAAUUCUAUUUUUUAAGUUAAAUUGUUCAAACUGGCAUCGAGAAGAAUACUAUUCGUGGGCUACCACAACUUCUCACCGACCGUGGCAUAUCGGGCCAGCUGCAAUAGCUACGGCUUCGUGUCGCGGCGCAAGCACUCCAACAUGACGUCGGCACAAUGCGCCCCGCGGCAGCCCCCGGGCCGGCACGGGAGCCUCGGCUGCUCCGGAAGCCCCGGCACGCCGGGUCCUGCGGUUACGAAGCGUUAUGAUGAUAUAAUAAAAUCGCAAGAAGAUAAGAGAGAGUACAGAGGCCUGGAGCUCUCGAACCGAUUGAAAGUCCUCCUGGUGAGUGACCCCACCACCGACAAGUCGGCCGCCGCGCUCGACGUUAAUGUCGGUUAUUUGAGCGAUCCGGAGGAAUUGCCAGGCCUGGCUCAUUUUUGCGAGCACAUGCUGUUUUUAGGAACAGAAAAAUACCCAGAGGAAAACGAAUAUAACAAGUUCCUCUCUGAGCACGGCGGCUCCUCGAACGCGUCUACCUCGUCCGACCACACGACGUACUAUUUCGACGUGCUGCCGGAUCAUUUGGGGAAAUCUUUGGACAUUUUCGCCCAGUUCUUUAUCGCGCCUCUGUUCACGGAGUCGGCGACGGGCCGCGAGCUGAGCGCGGUCAACUCUGAACACGAGAAGAACACAUCAUCCGACACGUGGCGGCUCGACCAGCUGAAUAAGAGCACGGCGGAUAAGAAACACCCAUACCACAAGUUUGGCACUGGUAACCGCGAGACGCUAGAAACCACCCCCAAGGCGAAAGGGAUAGAUGUCCGUAAAGAACUUCUCAAGUUUCACGACACCUGGUAUUCUGCCAAUAUCAUGACUCUAGCUGUCAUCGGGAAAGAAUCUCUAGACGAGCUCGAAGCUAUGGUGGUGCCCUUAUUCUCAGCGGUGGCGGACACCUCGGUCGAAGCCCCGUCGUGGCCGGAGCACCCUUUUCCCCCGGAGCUACGCAGAAAGCGCGCCUACUGUCUGCCAGUCAAGGAUCUCAGAAACUUGUCUAUCGACUUCCCCAUACCUGACACUAGGAAGCAUUAUAAGAGCGGGCCAGGCCACUACCUGUCGCACCUGCUCGGACAUGAGGGCCCGGGGAGCUUGCUCGCAGAACUGAAGGCCAGGGGAUGGUGUAACAGUUUGGUGGGCGGGACACGUAUCGGCGCACGCGGCUUCGGUUUUUUUGGAGUGCAGGUCGAUCUGACCGAGGACGGCGUUGAGCAUAUCGAUGACAUCGUUGCUCUAGUAUUCCAGUACAUAGCCAUGCUCCGUGUGACGGAGCCCCAGCGCUGGGUGUGGGAGGAGCAGCGAGACCUCAUGGCCAUGGAGUUCCGCUUCAAAGACGCGCAGGAACCCAGGUCUUUGGUCACCUCACACGUUGGCCUUUUACAUGAAUUCCCGAUGGAAGACGUCCUGAGUGCGUAUUACCUGCUCACAGAAUGGAAGCCUGAACUGGUAGACGAGCUGCUAGCUAUGUUGACGGCCGAGAACGUGCGAGUCGGUAUAGUUGCGAAGGUGUUUGCGGACAAGUGUACGCAGGUGGAGCCGUGGUAUGGCACCAAGUAUCUCCAGGAGGACAUUGACCCUAAGAAAAUCAAGGAGUGGAACUCGAUGAAACCGAUCCCCGCGCUGCACCUGCCGCCCCCCAACGAGUUCAUUCCUGCGCGGUUAGAGCUGGAGAAGGAAAAGGAUCCCACCUGCGACGCCGUGGCGCCCUCUAUGGUCAGGGACUCUCCACUGAUGCGACUAUGGUUUAAGCAAGACAACGAAUUCCGGUUGCCCAAGGCUUUCCUAACUUUUGAUUUGGUCAGCCCGCUCGCCUACCAGGACCCUACCAACUGCAACCUGACGUCCCUAUGGGUGCUGGUGUUCCGCGACAGUCUGCAGCAGUUCGCGUACUCGGCGGAGCUGGCCGGCCUGCGCUGGAGCAUCGGGAACGCCAAGUACGGCGUCAGCAUAACAAUAGACGGGUACGACGACAAGCAGCACGUGUUAUUAGAGAAGAUCAUAGACAACAUCGUCAACUUCAAGGCGGACCCGCAGCGGUUUGCCAUUAUGAAGGAGAACCAUAUUCGCGGCAUCAGGAAUUUUGAGGCCGAACAACCUUAUCAGCACGCAGUAUACCAGCAGGCUCUUUGUUUAUCCGACCUGGUGUGGACGAGGUGUCAACUUCUGGAGGCGGCCGAUCGUCUCACACCGGAGAUGCUGGAUGACUUCGCAAGCCGCUUCAUCAGGAAGGUCCACAUCGAGGGCCUCAUGUUCGGCAACAUCAGCAGAGAGAAGGCGCUCAGGAUCGCUGACAUGGUUGAGGGGAAAAUACCAAAAGACGCAUCACCUCUUCUAGCGCAACAGCUUCUAUUAUACCGAGAAGUGGAAAUAGAAAAAGGAGCACAUUAUUUGCGAGAGAAAGAGAACGCAGUACACAAGUCGUCUUGCGCCUCCCUCUACUACGCGUGCGGCGUGCGAGCGACUCGCCCUAAUGUUGUGCUGGAGUUGCUCGCACAGACCCUGUCGGAGCCCUGCUUCAAUGUACUGCGGACUAAGGAGCAACUCGGCUACAUUGUGUUCAGCGGCGUGCGGCGCUCCAACGGGGUCCAGGGUCUCAGGGUUAUAGUCCAGAGCGACCGCCACCCCGCAUAUUUGGAGCAGAGGAUAGAAUCCUUCCUUAAGGAACACAAGAAUUACUUAGAAGCCAUGUCAGAGGAAGAAUUCGUGAAGCACCGCUCGGCGCUAGCGGCGCAGCGGCUCGAGCGGCCCAAGCGGAUGUCUACCAAGGCCUCGCAGAUAUGGAGUGAGAUCAGCGCACAGGUAUACAACUUUGACCGGCCGCGAGUGGAGGUGGAUGUUCUCAACACAGUUACUAAGGAGGAGCUCAUACAGUUCUAUAAGAAACACAUAAGCGAUUUGUCGGAGGACCGACAAAAGUUGUCGGUGUACAUCGUGUCGACGGCAGAGGGCGGCGCCGGCGCCAGCGGCGAGAAGAGCGACGAGGAGAAAACUGACGCCAAGCCCACCGUCAUCUUGGAUCUCGUCGAGUUUAAGUCGAGAAGACGCCUCUACGCGCACCCCGUGCCCUUCACCAACAUUCCGCGAAAAGGGGCCCAAUGCAAGCUGUAACCUCCAACAUCUUAUCCUAACUUAUAUAACUUUUGACGACCGGUCUGGCCUGGUGGGUAGCGACCCUGCCUGUGAAGCCAAUGGUCCUGGGUUCGAAUCCAGUAAGGGCAUUUAUUUGUGUGAUGACACAGAUAUUUGUUCCUGAGUCAUGGUUGUUUUCUAUGUAUUUAAGUACUUAUAUAUUAUAUAUAUCGUCUGAGUACCCACAACACGAGUGUGCUUGAGCUUACUGUGGGACUUGGUCAAUCUGAGUAAGAAUGCCCUAUAAUAUUUAUUUAUAAGAUAACCUCCAAUAGACCAGGGGCCCAAUGCAAGCUGUAACCUCCAACAUAGACCAGUGUUAACUUUCUGAUGGCACGUGGGCGGAGGUCGGAUCCUGAGGGGAGGUGGAGACAAACCAGCGGGUACAGCCGCCAUCAAAUAUAUCUGAGCGGCAGAGGUGCUCAAAUAUAUCUGAACACGCACUCUAGCGCCUUCACAAUGGAGACGUGUUCAUAUAUUUAUGAGCACCUUGGCCGCUCCUAAAUACCUGAUGGCGACCUUCUUAUGGCGUAUAUUGGGAAAGUGAUAAGAGUACAUUACGAAUUAACUAUAGGGACCGUGCGCGUUGGAGGGUCUGCCAUCUUGCGGCCUGAAUCGGAAACAUAAACAUGUACAUUGAUAAAGCAAGUGCUGCCAUCUACCGUUCUCGUACGUUUCCUUGUGCAUAGUAGGUUCUGCCAUCUUGUGGGCUACAUCGGAAGCAUAAACGACACAUUUACGCCUCCCGCCGAAAAUCUGACGGCUCCUAUGCUGCCCCCUAUAGUCCAUGGACCUAAGUUACUGGGUAUAAAACCGGGUUGAUGACUGGCCUAGUGGGUAGUGACCCUGUGAAGCCGAUGGUCCUGGGUUCGAAUCCCGGUAAGGACAUUUAUUUGUUCCCGAGUCAUGGGUGUUUCCUAUGAUAAGUAUGUAUUUUUCUGUAUAAGUACAUAUGUAUUUCGUCGCCUAGUACCCAUAGUACAAGCUUAGGUUGAGGCUAGGUUGAUCUGUGUAAGAUGUCCCCUAAUAUUUAUUACUUUAUUUCAAAUGAAUUUAAAACUUACAUGUGUUUAUAAACUAGGUUAACUAAUGAAAUUGCACAAAUAUACCGGGUGUGGCCUGUCAUAUGAGCAAAAAAUGUAACUGUAGGCUGUACUCGUACUGAUCAACAUUUGUUCAGCGACUUUUGAAAAUAACUUGUAGUUUAAUUUUAUUUUAUUUUUAAUACACUUUAAAGGUUAUUCAAAGACGCAGUGUAUUGCGAAUUUUGUUGUGUUUAAGGCUUGACAAGCAACGUCAAUCACAAUGAUAUGGCGUGGCGAUGGCGUCCAUUGAAUAUAAUAUUUAUUUUGUAUGAAAAAUAGGGAGUCUAAAUACUUCAUAAUUUGUAAAAGUUGUUGAACAUAAGUGUCAACGUUUGAGGAGUACAAUUAUGUUUCAAUUAUUUGCUCUUGUUACAGGCCACACCCGGUAUUAUAAAAUGUCGUUUUUAUCUUUACGUAUUCCACGGUCUCCUUGACUUGUUGGUAGUGACCCUACGAGGUCCCAGGGCUACGAAGGCCCAUGUUGGAGUGCCCCUUAACACUUUCGCAACCGGGCAAAAAACGGCGCACUACCCCAGAAACCGGUCGUCUAUAUCUGCAUACAAAACAACCCGCUGGGCGGGUUGUCCGGCAUCUGAGCAAACAUUACGGCGGUUACCAGGCGGGUUCUCGGUGGUCAAAGUGUUAAUACGCUUAACAUGAAUUGUCUUAACCUCGUAAGGCCCAAUGUGCAUUACAAUGUACGCUCUUUUUCAAUCUAAUUCGAAUCUUUCGAAAACUACAUAAGGCAGCAUUUGUUUUGUUUCAUUGUUUUCUAAAACAAACGAAAGUCACCCUAAUCUACUAUACAACAAGGUUCAAAUUAAAAAUAGGGAUGCUUAGGGCAACUUGCACCAUCCCACUAACCCGUGGUUAACUAGUUACACCAAGAGUUACUAUGGUUACCAGUACAAUUUGAUACUGGGUUAACGGUUUAACGGGUUAACCCCGGGUUAGUGGGAUGGUGCAAGUGGCCCUUAGUAUGGUGGGCCUUACGAGGAUAAUAUGAAUUCGCAUAACAUAAUUGUUCAUAACAUUGAACAGGCAUAAUAAUAAAAAGCAUAACGCCAAAGAGAAUUUGAAAUAGAGGAUUAUUGUCAAAGCAAUAUAAUAUAUAUAAACAGCCCUAUAAUAGAUAUAUUCUCAUCCAAUUUUAAUUAGAAGUAUUACGUUAUGCGAAUUAAUAUAGACCGCCCGGGUCCCGGGUUGGAAUCCUGGUAAGGGCAUUUAUUUGCACAAAUGUUUCAUCCUGAGUUAUGAUUUUUUUAUAUGUAUAUAAGUACUUAUAUAUUAUAUGUAUAUAGUAUUUAUAUAUUAUAUGUAUAUAGUAUUUAUAUAUUCUUGUAUAUAGUCUGUACCUUUAGGUAUUUAAAUAAAAGUUUAGUAAACAAACAAUUUGUACAUUGUCGGGUAGUUUUAACAUUUAUUGGUUAACCGAUCAAAUAUCAAACCGCCUGGAUCAGUCACUGAACGACCUGACUUUAACCUUUUGGCCGCCGGACCUAGUCCGCAAAGACGCUCACUCACACGCCAGAGCAAAUUUUAAGUAAACAACUAAUAAAAAGUUUAGGGAUUGCAAAUAGUGAUAUCGAUAUUUACAAUUUAUGGUAAAAAUCUUUUUAAUUUAGCUUUGUUCUUAUCCUGUUUUAAUUUAAUUCCAAAUUGCCAAAAUUAAACAUAUGUUUUACACCCGAAAAUGUUUAAAAUAUAGGGAUUUAACAUAAAAAACAACCACUAAACAAUGUCGAUUCAAGACGUGAUAUCGCCGCACUAGGCUGUACGAGAAGUCUUUUAUACAAGACAACGGCGCGCAUGGACUGCCCGCAGUGCAGAUCGACAAGGACUGUUUCCGCGCGGAUCAAGUAAUAAUAGUCUCUAGGUCAACGGCGUAAGCGCUUGUCGGUACGUAAACUUUAUUGGCGUAACGUUAAAGCUGCGCAUCAUGUGUCGAUAAAGUCAAUAUACCGGAACUGUUUUAGUGAAAAUUACACGUGGGUUGAAUUUUUAAUGAGUGAAGAUAUUAUUCCGGAAUUAGACUCUAUAAUUAAAUUUCAGUUUGGUUUACAUUAAUAUAGGUAAACUCAUCAAAAAAACGUUCAACGAUUUGUUAUAAAAAAAUUACACAUUAACUUCAAUGUUAUAACAAAAAACUAAAGUCUGAUAAACAGGUAUGUCCCUGUACCACUCUUGUGCGAAGCGGUCGCUGCGGUGUAUCCCUUCCCACUAAGCUAUAAAAGAACAUCAAUUAUUUUUUUUAUUUAUCUCUUCUGCAAUUAAAUAGUCCACAAUCUACAAGGGCAAAUUUACUUGUCUGACUCUAGUUUAUAGAACUAAAGAAGCUGCCUGAACUUUAAAUAUAGUUAUGCCUAUCUGACUCUCGUUCUACGUAUUCUAGUACUCGUAAGUAGUUAUACCUACUACUCGUUGAAAAAAAUUGGCGAUUAACAAGUGUUCAAAUAUUUAGAUAAAAACAUAUUUCUGACUUUAUAUUUACUUUAAAAAUUCCCAUAUCGAGUUAACAUUCCCAUCCCUAGCUGUCUUGUAUACAAGACAACGGCGACGAGGAACAUGAAAAAUGUUGAAAAUUGGAGCAAUUUUUUUAAAUGCCUUAUUAUAAAAGAAGGGAUUUAUAUAGCGGCUUAAAAAGCAAAUAAAUGAAAAAACAAAGACCUUAAAUAUGAACACGAGUGUAAAUGAAAUUGCAAUUGUUAUUAUUUUCCCAUUAACUCAGUGGUUGAAUUUGUGUCUUGUAUACAAGACGACGGCGCCAGCGUAUCGUUCUAUCGUUGUCUUCUAUACCGGACAACGGCGGUCAAAGGGUUAACCUACAUUGUUUGAUCGUGUAAUGUUUACAUCUACCCUCAACUGGCUUAAGGAGGCAUUUGAGGGUAGAUUUUGUUUACUUUUAAAUACCUAAAGAUACAGAGUAUAUAUAACAUAUAUAACACACGCCUUAUUGAGCUUACUGUGGUAGGUACCAGGUAGAUCUGUGUAAAAUUGUCAUACAUAAUAUGAAUUAAUUAAUUUGUAAUUUUUAUCGAUAGUCGAUAUCUUAACCUUUUGAACGCCAAACGGCGCAUUCAUUUGCCUCGUCACUGAAGCCACGGGGGUAAAAUUUAGAAUUGUGAAUAAACAAUGCCAACCUAAAAGUGGGGUAUUUUUCAGUAGAUUAUCAUCAAAAAACGACCGACGUCAAACGCCGUCUUUGACGUCGUUACGAUUUUGCGUUGACGUCACUUACCGUUUGUGGCGCUCAAAAGGUUAAAGAUCAGUUGACUACGAAAGAUAAGUCACCUGGCUCAAGUUUACUAGAUGCAUUACGGCCAAAAACUUAUUAAUCUGCGUUAAGGUUAUCCGUCUUUUCUGUAGACAUAAAGUACAAUAACCUUUAAAGCCAAACUUUCUUGGCGGAGCCUUACAGGCAUGUUCCUUUUGAUAUUUAACAGUUGUGUGGCUAAAGCUUCAGUAAAAUUUACCCAAAUACUAACGCUAGUCCACAGAAAAGACGUCAGUUUUCCCGAAAACUUGUUGAACCAUAAAUGAAAGGCAUUUUUUUUAUUGUUAUUCCUUGUCAUAUUGUUUCAUCAUUUUUAUUCAAGCUUACUUUUAAGGAUAAAAUAAAAAAAAUGUUAAAUCA